GACAUCGUUGCUGGUGGGAUGGAAUCGAAUAAACGAUGCACACGGCAUCGAUACUCGACCGACGUUUUAAAGCCGACGCUAAAAGCCGACCAUAUAUAAAUAAAAGCAACGAGGACCGAUUUGUUUUAGUCUGACCAUCCUCCUAGCACCAGUGCAACAGCGCAUCGACCCAACUGAACCAACAUGCCGGAUUACAAGGUUUACUACUUCAACGUCAAGGCUCUGGGUGAGCCGUUGCGGUUUCUGUUAUCCUACGGCAAUCUUCCCUUCGACGAUAUUAGGAUCACCCGCGAGGAAUGGCCAGCACUGAAACCAACAAUGCCGAUGGGACAGAUGCCGGUUCUGGCGGUGGAUGGCAAAAAGGUGCACCAAUCAGUUGCCAUGUCCCGUUAUCUAGCAAAACAGGUUGGCCUGGUCGGUGACAACGAUUGGGAAAAUCUUAUGAUCGACACUGUCGUUGAUACCGUCAAUGAUUUUCGCCUGAAAAUCGCUGUUGUUUCCUACGAACCAGAUGACGAAGUGAAGGAGAAAAAACUCGUUACCUUGAACAGUGAGGUCAUUCCAUUCUACUUAGAAAAGUUGGACGACAUUGCGCGUGAAAAUAACGGUUACCUGGCACUAUCGAAACUGACCUGGGCCGACCUCUACUUCGUGGCCAUUCUGGAUUACCUUAACUACAUGACCAAAUCAGAUUUGGUCGCCAACCAUCCAAGUCUACAGCAAGUCGUCGAUAAUGUUACCAGCAUCGAAUCCAUUAAGAAUUGGAUCGAUAAACGACCGAGCACGGAAAUUUCAAUGCCCAUGGGACAGAUGCCAGUGCUGGAGGUCGACGGCAAACGAGUGCAUCAAUCGUUGGCCAUGUGUCGUUACGUGGCCAAGCAGGUCGGCUUAGCUGGGUCCGAUCCUGUAGAAGAACUCCAAAUCGAUGCGAUUGUUGACACCAUCAACGAUUUUCGUCUUAAAAUCGCCAUUGUUGCCUACGAACCGGAUGACAUCGUCAAGGAGAAGAAGAUGAUUACCUUAAACAAUGAGGUAAUUCCCUUCUACUUGACCAAGUUGAACGUGAUCGCGAAGGAGAACAACGGUCACCUGGUGCUAGGAAAGACAACAUGGGCAGAUGUGUACUUCGCCGGAAUCCUGGAUUACCUCAACUAUCUGACCAAGACUAAUCUGCUCGAGAACUUCCCCAAUCUGCAGGAGGUCGUGAACAACGUGCUGGCGAAUGAGAACAUCCAGGCUUACAUCGCCAAGAGACCAGUGACAGAGGUCUAGAAGAAAUGGUUUUGUAACACGGAAAUGAAAACGAACUUUUUCUACACUUACGUGCGAUGAAGUCGGGCGUAGUAGCGUUAAGGUUUUAUUUAUUUUCUGUGCGUUUCACUAGAAUAAGUCGUGUGUAGGAACCAACUAUCGGAAGGAAUGGGAAACGCAUCUAUUCCUGCUCAUGGUGGCAUCUUUUAAAAAUCCGUAUUUCACUUGUCGAUUGUACAUCUCCACACAAACAGAAACUAGCUAGCAUGUAAUCACAGUACGUUAUAAAAUAUAAAGAAAUAUUUUAAGUUAUCAAGAGGGUUGGGAAAUAAAUUAUAUACAAGUCCAA